UUGAUAUUCACAAGUCAUUUUACUUUCCGGGGAGGACCACGCAAGAGCAAAAGGAUGCAGAGAACCACAGCAAUUAUUUUAGCUGCAGUAAUGUGUCUUUCUGGGGCAUCAGCAAUUUGUAAACCAGGGUACAAUUCGUACAACAGUCACUGCUACCUGUAUGUAAAUGGUCCACAGCCAACAGCAAAUUGGUACGAGGCAAGUGCAGUGUGCAAAGCUGAAGGUGGAUAUUUGGUGAUCAUACAAUCAUCUUAUGAACAGACAUUUCUUGACGGACUGAUAGACAAUGCAGUAAAUCAAGACAAUUUUUGGAUAGGUGGAAAUUCCCUUGGAAAAUCCGGAUACUAUUGGACUAAUGGAAAUUCAGCCGAAACGGCCUCGUAUACAAACUGGAAGACAGGACAGCCAGAUAAUUGGAAUUAUCCCAGUGAUCCUAACAACCAGGAGUCGUGUAUGCAAUUGGGUAUGCAAUUGGCGGGUGACACAAGCAAUAAAUGGAAUGAUGCAAGGUGUAACGAAAAGUAUUUCUACAUUUGUGAAUACGCUGAGUGAAUUUGCAUAAAAACAGUCAAUGCUUAAAUAUAAGUAUAAAUAAACAGUCAUUACAA